GGACUUGUGUAGAGCAGGCUCAUAUUGUAGGCCACAAACUGGAGAACCCACUCCAUGCCCUGCAGGAUAUCACUGCCCUGAAGGCUCACACACCUACAACACACCACAGCAAAUGUAUGUAAACUUAAUAUGCUUUAAGAAAAUGGAAAAAUUAUUAAGUUCACAUUUUGUAUUAAUUUCCUUUGACAGGUGUACAUACCCAUAUUACUGCCCAGCUAACACCUCAACCAUGCUGUCAUGUGGUGGUGGCUUUAUGCCCCGUAAUGCCAGUGGCCUAAGAGUGUCUCAGGAGAGCAGCUGCUUAAGGUGUGAGGCAGGGACUUACCGACCCAGUGGGUCUCCUCACCUCCGCUGCCUUGCAUGCCCCCCAGGCUACCACUGCCCUCCAGGCACUGAUGACCACAGUAGUCAGCCUUGUCCAGUUGGAUAUUUUUGUCCACGGGGCUCAGCCAAUCCAGUUGCAUGCCCACCUGGCAGCUAUGGCAACAGCACCAAGGCUGAAUUACUUGAGGAAUGCCACCCUUGCCCUCCAGGCACAUUCAACCACCUGUACGCCCAGAGAGCCUGUUUCCCCUGUGGCAGCUCUUCCAUUUCAUCACAAGGGGCAUCCUCAUGCAUGUGCAUAGGCAAAAACCGGGCAUUCCAGCACUCUGAUGGCUCCUGCGUGUGUAAAGCUGGUUAUGUCUUCUACAAUGAAUUGGACUUCAAAAGUUCCAAUGGUGAUAGUGAUCUAGACUGUCAACCUGAGGUGAGCAAACGCUGUGGAACUGGACAAGUGAGACUGGCUUCAUCACAAGACUGUGUCAGUCCCUCUGAACACUCAUGCAACAUUACUUGUGGAGCUCAUGGUGGGAGUCUGGAUGUAAGCUUGGGCAUGUGAGUUCACU